AUGAAGAUUGUGAUCUUCCUUAUUUUUCUUUUAAUUGUAAUUGUGGUAUCUUCUGUCACCAAAAAACCAGGAUGGUUCAAAUCAAAAGUUUCGAGUGCAAAAGAUUGGGCAAAAAGUCACAGACCAAGAUGGAGUUCGAAAUCAGAUGGAAAAGAUAAAAGUUGGUCGAGAAAUAUGAUUGAUAAGGCAAAAUCUAAGGUUUUUGGAGAAAAGAAAAAUACGGGAGGAUCUCCAAGUAUUUCUAGUAGUGGAACAGGACAUUCAGGUGAAUAAGUUUUAGGAGAAUUUUUUGAAUGAAUUGUUUUUUUCAGGUGUUGGCGGUUCAUAUCCAAAGCGUGAGUUCAUUUUCAAAAAAGGAAUUUUUGAAAAAAAAAACAUUUCAGAACAUGGCGGAUUUCCAGCACAAAAUGGGGGAGGUGGACAUCAACCAAGUGAGUUGGUAAAAAAUGUUUCAGAAAAAUUUUGGAAUUUUAUAAAUCAGAUCUAGAUUUUUAUGGACCAGUUUUUUCCAAAAAAAAAUUGGAUCAAAUUUUGAAACUCUCAAAACUUACAUUGUUUCAGAUAGUCGUGGACAAACUGGUGGUUCAUAUCCAAAAAGUAUGUUAUUUGAAAAAAAGGUAUUUUUCUACAGAUAUUUUUAGAUCAAGGUGGUUAUCCAGCAAAUAAUGGUGGAGGACAAAAUUCAAGUUAGUUUGAUUUUAAAAAAAAUUCAAAACCUAUAGAAAUUAUUCGGAACUUCUAGAAAAACAUAAAAAUUAUUUUUCGUUUUUUUCAGAUAGCCACGGACAAUCUGGUGGAUCAUAUCCAAAAAGUAUGUUACUCAAAAAAUAUUAUAAUUUUCUAAAAAAAAUAAAUAUUUUUAAAGAUCAAGGUUAUCCAGUGAAUAAUGGCGGAGGAAUUCAUUCGAGUGAGUUUAUUGACUUUUUUUUUAAUUUAGGGAGUUGAGCCAGGUCCCAAUUUUCAAAUAUUUUGGCUUGAUUCAGAUUUCUUCAGAGCAAUUUCAAAGCAAUUUUUUCAAAUUUAUUUUUUCCAGAUAUUGGUGGCUAUCCGGCACAGAAUGGAGGUUAUCCAAUUCAGAAUCCUAUUCAACCAUUCGGCAGUAAUAUUUGCCCAACCUUAUUUCCAAAAAUCCUUGAUAUUCCAGAUUCGAUCACCAAAAAACCAUCAUUUUUCGAGCGAGCAAAACAAAAAGUAAAGAGUUCUGGAAUUGUUGGAAAAGCAAUUGGAUUUGUGAAAAAAGAUUUGGGAAUUGGAGUUGUUGGACCGAAACAACCAUCAAAAAUCUUGAAAUACGGCGGGAAAGCAUUUGAAAAAUUACUUGGAAAGGUGAAUUGAUUAUUACAAUUAGAUUUUCUUCGAUUAAAAAAAAUUCAGAAAAAAGUUGCGGCUGGUGCUGGAAUUGGAGGUGCGGCUGGAUAUGUAGCUGGUUCAAAUUUGAAUAAUUAUGAUGGAAACCAGAAUCCACAAGAAUAUGUUGGUGGAGCAAUUCGAGGAGCUCUUCAAAAACAGAUAUCAGUUGUUGAAGAAGAAGUUGAUGAAAUUCAAAACGAGUUUCAAGCUUCUUGGAAUGUUAGUGAAGCUGGAAGUCGAUAUAAAAUAUUUGAGCAACCAAUUUUAAACUGGGAAGAUGCUCAAGAAUUUUGCUAUAAUCAUGGCGCUAAUUUGGCUGUAAUUGAUAGUGAUUCGAAAAAUCAAUUUGUUAAAGAACUUCUUCUUGAAACUGAAUUCAAUACAACUCAAGUGUUAUGGUUUGGAUUGCACACUGAAAUAUCAACAGGAACUGGAGACAAUCAGAAAAAAGAUGAAAAAGGAAAAACAUUUUCAAAUUUUCAAGCAGAAUCAAUUCCUGGUUGUGGAGUUGUUGAUUUGAAUGGAGUUUGGUCGAUCAGUUCAUGCUCUUUGCAAUUACCAUUUAUUUGUCAAGCAAUUAAAUUGAACGGCGAAGUUUUCAUUCCUUGA